AUGGAUAUUUACGCCGGCAAAAAGACGUGCGAUGGCACAGCCGCAGUAGAGCCCGGCGCGAGGGACAUUGAGGUGCAGGCUACCAUCUCAAUCUCGCUGGGAGUAUCGGCCUUUCUCGCAUUUUGCUUUCUUCGAAGCAGGUGGAAAAGCCUCUACGCUGCACGCGAAUGCCACCUUGAGCCUCACAUCGGUCUCCCGCCCCUGCCCGACUCCUUUUUCGGAUGGAUACCUGUUCUACAUGCGAUCGAUGAGCAAACGGUGCUGGAUGCCGGCGGACUGGACGCAUACGUGUUCCUAUCGUUCUUCCGAAUGUCCAUGCGAAUCUUUGCCGUCCUUCUCUGUUUUGCGGCCGUCAUUCUAGCACCAAUCCACGUCAUCUACGAAGCAGACAAGGACAGAGACAAAUCGGACGACUCCGACGGAGAUGGGGAUGACUACUGGAACCCGGGCAAGGCCUACCUCUGGGCGUACCUGGUGUUCACGUACUUCUUCACCUAUCUGGUUAUUCGAUUCCUUAGGUCCGAAACCAUCAAAAUCCUCGCUGUUCGCCAGAAAUACCUGGGCAUCCAGUCCACUAUCACGGACCGCACCUUCCGACUCACUGAAAUCCCUUUCAAGUAUCGUACUUCGAAAAAGGUCAAGGAACUGGUGGAAUCACUGCAUAUCGGUCAUGUCAGGAGCGUAAAGCUUUGUCGGCAAUGGGGUCCUCUGGAUAAGCUUAUGGGGCAGAGAGACCCAUUACUGCGGAAGCUCGAGUCGGCUUGGGCAAAGUUCCUUGAGAAUUCUCCUCACGAGUCUCCAGAACACAUAGUGCAUCAACACCAACAUGGCACGAGCGGCUCUCGCGGUAACCAGAGUAGCUACGACCCCGAAGCGGCUAUGGCCGUUGGAAACAAUGGAGAAGCCAGCCCCUUGCUUGGCGAGAAUGCUGGUGCACAUCAGUACACGGAGCGCGAGGGGCGCCCAUUGGUCCGUCUCUGGUUCGGCUGGCUUGGACUCCAGACACGGAAAGUCGACGCCAUCGACUAUUACGCGGAGAAACUCAGGAAACUCGACGAAGAGAUCAUCAAGGCCCGCAAAGAGUUCUACAUCCCUACUGACAUUGCCUUUGUGACCAUGGACUCGGUAGAUGCCUGUCAAAUGGCCAUCCAGACUCUCAUCGACCCAAGGCCCGGCCGGCUGCUAACUAAGCCGGCGCCGGCGCCCAGGGAUGUCGUCUGGCGCAAUACGUAUGCAUCCAAGAUCUCGCGCAGGUAUCAUUCGUGGACCAUCACACUUUUCAUCGCUGCUCUCUCCAUAUUCUGGUUGAUCCCUGUCGGAUCGAUCGCCUCACUUCUCAGCCUCUGCACCGUUAACGAAUGGUGGCCUGAGCUGUCUCAGUGGCUUGCGCAGCAUAAGAACAUCAAGGCACUUGUUCAGACUGGGCUUCCCACCCUCGUCGUGUCGAUACUCAACGUGUCGGUGCCUUAUCUCUACGAGUGGCUCUCUCACAAGCAGGGGCUCGUGAGCCGGGAUGAUGUCGAGCUAUCCAUCAUUUCCAAGAACUUCUUCUUCAAUUUCUUCAACAUUUUUGUGAUUUUCACCUCAUUCGGUACAGCUACAAAUAUCUGGGAUACCCUGCAAAAAGACAUGCGGGAUCUCACCAGGUUCACGACGGUUCUAGCCACGGGUAUCGAGUCCUUGAGCAACUUUUACAUCAACUUCAUCAUGCUCCAAGGUAUCGGUCUCUUCCCUUUCCGUCUUCUCGAGUUUGGGUCGGUUUUCACAUACCCGUGGUACAAGUGGUUUGCCCGCACACCUCGCGAGCGUGCAGAGCUCGACAAGCCUCCUAUCUUUAGCUACGGCUUCUACCUGCCGACGGCCCUACUCGUUUUCAUCCUCUGUAUUGUGUACAGCGUCGUGCCGAGGGGCUACUUAGUCCUGCUGCUAGGCCUCGUCUACUUUACCCUCGGCUACUACACGUACAAGUACCAGCUUCUGUAUGCCAUGGAAGCCCCAACGCAUGCCACUGGCGGCGCGUGGCGCAUCAUUACGCACCGCAUCAUCUUGGGCCUAAUUGUCUUCCAGCUUGUCAUGACGGGAAUUCUGGCGCUGCGGACUGCAUUUGUCGCAGCGGUACUCAUUCUACCCCUCAUAAUCAUGACGUGCUCGUAUAGCUACCAGUUCCGGCAGGUCUACGAGCCGCUGACCAAGUACAUAUCGCUGCGAAGCCUGCCCCAUCCGACGCGCAGGCCCAACGGCACUCUCGAGACUGAGGAGAGCCCGUUCGAUCCAGACAAUGAGGUGGAUCCAGACGAGAUCGACGAGACAAUCAGACUUGUUCGUAGGAGGAGCACUGUUGACGAGGAUCGCGAGAAGGGCUUGCGGUUUGUCAAUCCAAGCAUGGCUAUCCCACUUGAGCAGCCUUGGAUCUACCGCAACCCGCCACCCGUCACUGCCGAGCCUGGCCUGCCCGAUCAGGAGUCGGAUUACGAUGGCGAGGAUGACUUUCUGAGGUUCCACAUGGAGAGGGAGGCACGUCGGUGGCAUCCGUUCCGAGAGAGAGCGCCUAGUGAAUCGAGCGAUCUUGGCCUACGGCCCGUGCACACCUGA